ACAUGGUUGUGUGUACAGAUCACAGCUUGUAUGUCACACUGUACAAUAAAUGGUUGUGUGUAUAGAUCACAGCUUGUAUACUACACUGUACAUGACAUGGUUGUGUGUACAGAUCACAGCUUGUAUACCACACUGUACAUGACAUGGUUGUGUGUACAGAUCACAGUUGUGUGUACAGAUCACAGCUUGUAUACCACACUGUACAUGACAUGGUUGUGUGUACAGAUCACAGCUUGUAUACCACACUGUACAUGACAUGGUUGUGUGUACAGAUCACAGUUGUGUGUACAGAUCACAGCAUGUAUACCACACUGUACAUGACAUGGUUGUGUGUACAGAUCACAGUUGUGUGUACAGAUCACAGCUUGUAUGCCACACUGUACAAUACAUGGUUGUGUGUACAGAUCACAGCUUGUAUACCACACUGUACAUGCCAUGGUUGUGUGUACAGAUCACAGUUGUGUGUACAGAUCACAGCUUGUAUACCACACUGUACAUGACAUGGUUGUGUGUACAGAUCACAGUUGUGUGUACAGAUCACAGCUUGUAUACCACACUGUACAUGACAUGGUUGUGUGUACAGAUCACAGUUGUGUGUACAGAUCACAGCUUGUAUACCACACUGUACAUGACAUGGCUGUGUGUACAGAUCACAGUUGUGUAUACAGAUCACAGCUUGUAUACUACAAUGUACAUGACAUAGUUGUGUGUACAGAUCACAGUUGUGUGUACAGAUCACCGCUUGUAUGCCACACUGUACAAUACAUGGUUGUGUGUACAGAUCACAGCUUGUAUACCACACUGUACAUGACAUGGUUGUGUGUACAGAUCACAGCUUGUAUGCCACACUGUACAAUACAUGGUUGUAUGUACAGAUCACAGCUUGUAUGCCACACUGUACAAUACAUGGCUGUGUGUACAGAUCACAGCUUGUAUACCACACUGUACAAUACAUGGAUGUGUGUACAGAUCACAGUUGUGUGUACAGAUCACAGCUUGUAUACCACACUGUACGUGACAUGGUUGUGUGUACAGAUCACAGUUGUGUGUACAGAUCACAGCUUGUAUACCACACUGUACAUGACAUGGCUGUGUGUACAGAUCACAGUUGUGUGUACAGAUCACAGCUUGUAUGCCACACUGUACAAUACAUGGUUGUGUGUACAGAUCACUGCUUGUAUGUCACACUGUACAAUACAUGGUUGUGUGUACAGAUCACAGCUUGUAUACCACACUGUACAUGACAUGGUUGUGUGUACAGAUCACAGUUGUGUAUACAGAUCACAGCUUGUAUACUACAAUGUACAUGACAUGGUUGUGUGUACAGAUCACAGUUGUGUGUACAGAUCACAGCUUGUAUGCCACACUGUACAAUACAUGGUUGUGUGUACAGAUCACAGCUUGUAUACCACACUGUACAUGACAUGGUUGUGUGUACAGAUCACAGCUUGUAUGCCACACUGUACAAUACAUGGUUGUAUGUACACAUCACAGCUUGUAUGCCACACUGUACAAUACAUGGCUGUGUGUACAGAUCACAGCUUGUAUACCACACUGUACAAUACAUGGAUGUGUGUACAGAUCACAGUUGUGUGUACAGAUCACAGCUUGUAUACCACACUGUACGUGACAUGGUUGUGUGUAAAGAUCACAGUUGUGUGUACAGAUCACAGCUUGUAUACCACACUGUACAUGACAUGGCUGUGUGUACAGAUCACAGUUGUGUGUACAGAUCACAGCUUGUAUGCCACACUGUACAAUACAUGGAUGUGUGUACAGAUCACAGCUUGUAUGCCACACUGUACAAUACAUGGCUGUGUGUACAGAUCACAGCUUGUAUGCCACACUGUACAAUACAUGGCUGUGUGUACAGAUCACAGCUUGUAUACCACACUGUACAAUACAUGGAUGUGUGUACAGAUCACAGUUGUGUGUACAGAUCACAGCUUGUAUACCACACUGUACGUGACAUGGUUGUGUGUAAAGAUCACAGUUGUGUGUACAGAUCACAGCUUGUAUACCACACUGUACAUGACAUGGCUGUGUGUACAGAUCACAGUUGUGUGUACAGAUCACAGCUUGUAUGCCACACUGUACAAUACAUGGAUGUGUGUACAGAUCACAGCUUGUAUGCCACACUGUACAAUACAUGGCUGUGUGUACAGAUCACAGCUUGUAUGCCACACUGUACAAUACAUGGCUGUGUGUACAGAUCACAGCUUGUAUGUCACACUGUACAAUACAUGGUUGUGUGUAUAGAUCACAGCUUGUAUACUACACUGUACAUGACAUGGUUGUGUAUACAGAUCACAUCUUGUAUACCACACUACAUGACAUGGUUGUGUGUACAGAUCACAGUUGUGUGUACAGAUCACAGCUUGUAUACCACACUGUACAUGACAUGGUUGUGUGUACAGAUCACAGUUGUGUGUACAGAUCACAGCUUGUAUACCACACUGUACAUGACAUGGUUGUGUGUACAGAUCACAGUUGUGUAUACAGAUCACAGCUUGUAUACUACAAUGUACAUGACAUGGUUGUGUGUACAGAUCACAGUUGUGUGUACAGAUCACAGCUUGUAUGCCACACUGUACAAUACAUGGUUGUGUGUACAGAUCACAGCUUGUAUGCCACACUGUACAUGACAUGGUUGUGUGUACAGAUCACAGCUUGUAUGCCACACUGUACAAUACAUGGCUGUGUGUACAGAUCACAGCUUGUAUGCCACACUGUACAAUACAUGGCUGUGUGUACAGACCACAGCUUGUAUGCCACACUGUACAAUACAUGGCUGUGUGUACAGACCACAGCUUGUAUGCCACACUGUACAAUACAUGGCUGUGUGUACAGACCACAGCUUGUAUGCCACACUGUACAAUACAUGGUUGUGUGUACAGAUCACAGCUAGUUGUGGUUCAAAACAUUUUUGACAGCUAUUCUUAUUCAUUAAAAAAUAUAUUUAUAAUAAUAUGGAUAAUAAAGAAAUCAUUACACUCAUGUGUGUGUUAUAUUGAUUUUACAAAACUCUGUCAGGAUUUAUGUUUUAACCUUGCUCUCGCUCAGGCAGUACAAGAAUCCUGACACUCGUUUCGUAUAACAAUCUAUCUACUCCAUUGUAAAUAUCUUCCGAGUAAAGUAAGAUGAAAAGUAAUAAAGUGGGAAAAAAGUGCUGUUUAUUUAAAACUUCAGGAAUAAUAUGUUAUAGUGGUCUAAUUUGAGACCUAGUAAUUAUUUGUUCAGUGAAUGGUACUGAACCAUAUUAUUGUGGUGAUGGUGUGGACUGGUGUACGAUCUUAUCUUAAAGACUCCACAUGAAGUGUUUGUGUUCUCCAUUUCAUACAUUAUUUUUGAAUAAAUGGAAUAUUUUGAUAUAGCAAAGUUUUAUUUAUUGCAAAUAUGUCAUUAUUUAAUAUUAAACCAUAUAUGAUUUAUAUAAAGUCGAAGUUCAGUCAUAACAUUUUAUGAUUAUUUGUUUUGUCGAAGUGGUUCAGAAAAAUAUUGAGCAAACUGUAAUUGUAAGGGUAAUAUCUUGGCAAACUAUAAUUAUAAAUUAUUGUUUAUCUCAGUGUGGAAUUUUGAAUGUUAGUAAUAAUAUAAGUCAUCUUUUGUAUAAGAUAGUGAUACGCAAUAUUGUGAUAAGUGGAGCAGGUUUUAUUGAUAACAAUACAUAUGUACACUAUUUUUGUUGAGAAUUGUUUGUUUGAUGUACAGUCUGUGCAGGAAUAUCUCUCCAAAUGUUAUAUUUGUAUUUGUACGACAUAAAACAAUAAAAUCAGUCUGAUUCAA